AUGGAUGGCAUGCGACCACCAGAAGCCUUUUCUCUACAGGGCAACAUCACAGAUAACUGGAAGAGGUGGAAACAGCGUUUUGAGCUGUAUUUAACAGCUAGUGGACUUGACAAAAAGGACUCAAAAGUACAAACAGCGACACUGCUUCACAUUAUUGGUGAAGAGGCGUUAGAAAUUUACAACACAUUUUCUUUCGAGCAGGUAAUUUCAUCGUCAGGACAACCUGUAGCACCGACAUUAAAAGACUUGCUGGAGAAAUUCACUGUACAUUUUGAGCCACAGUCCAACGUGACUUUUGAGAGACAUGUAUUCAACACAAGAUUUCAACACGAAAACGAGUCAUUUGACCAGUUCGUCACAGACUUGAAGAAAAAAGCUAAAUCAUGUGAGUUUGAGCAUCUUCGAGACAGUCUGACAAAAGACAGAAUUGUUGUUGGAAUUCGUGAUGAUGGUACCAGAGCACGACUACUCAGAGAAAAAGACUUGUCUUUGGAGAAAGCAAUAGACAUUUGCAAGGCAACUGAGAUAACGUCACAACAUAUUGCAGAGCUGAAGCCCAAACAGAACAUUCAUGCAAUGCAGGCGACAUCGAUGAAUAGGAAGACAUGCCCGAAGUGUGGAAAUAAGCAUCCACCCAGAAAAUGCCCUGCAUAUGGCAAAGAAUGCCAUACCUGCAAAAAGAAAAACCAUUUCAGCUCCAUGUGUAGAGAUCAGGAUCGAGAUAAUGACAGAGACCGAUUAUCAAGGAAGGUUCCAUUUGGAGGACAAACUCGCAACAAAAAGGGUCAUCGCCCCAGCAAAAGAGGGAUCCAUGACAUCAAACAGGACAGUGAAUACAGUGAUGCCGACAGUGAAGAGUUCCACGUCGACGCCAUCAAUGGAGUCCAGCAGAAAGAGGAGAAAUCGAAAAAAGAAUGGUAUGUCAAUCUCACAUUUCUUUCUGACAAAAACAGGCAUAAAGAAAAAGCAACAACCAACAGUGCUCAAUUCAAAAUUGAUACAGGUGCUCAAUGCAAUAUACUGGCUGCUAAGGCUUAUAAAAAGCUAGGGAUGCCAAAAUUUGGCAAGUCAAAAGCAAGAUUGAUGUCAUAUACAGAACACGUUGAAAAAUCACAUUUGGGAAAAUGUACCCUAACAUGUGUGAGGAAGAACAAAUUCCAUAACAUUGAGUUUGAGGUGAUUGAUAGAGAUGCCCAAUCCAUACUUGGACUUGAGUCAUCUGAAUUACUAGGUUUUGUAAAGAGGGCAGAUUCAAUCAAAGAUGAUAAUUUGGCAAAUCAAUACACAGACGUGUUUGAAGGCCUUGGAUGUAUGGGGGAACCACAGCAUUUAGAUGUUGAUAAAUCAAUCAGUCCAACAAUCCAUCCUCCAAGGAAAGUCCCAGUAGCAAUAAAACAAGGUGUGAAAAAUGAGCUCAAUAGAAUGGAAGAAAUGGGUGUGAUAGUAAAGCAAACAGAACCAACACAGUGGGUAAGUUCGAUGGUCACAGUAGCAAAGAAAGGGAAAAAUAAGGUAAGAAUAUGCCUAGACCCUAGGGACUUAAAUAAAGCAAUAAAAAGACCACACUACCCGAUGAAGACAAUUGAUGACAUUACUGAUAAUCUAGCCGGCGCACAGAUCUUUAGUACAUUAGAUGCUAAUUGCGGUUUCUGGCAGAUUCCUCUUGAUGACGAGAGUUCAAAACUUCUCACAUUUAAUACGCCCUACGGCAGAUAUAGAUUUCUUAGAUUACCAUUUGGAAUCAACUCUGCUAGUGAGAUAUUUCAGAGAAUUAUGACCGAUAUGUUUAGCGACAUAGAAGGUGUAGAGGUUCUGGUAGAUGACAUUCUAAUAUAUGGCCCCUCAGAAAGUGUCCAUGAUCAAAGGUUGAAGCAAGUACUAGAAAGGUGCAGAAAAAAAUGCAUCAAACUCAACCCAGACAAAUGCCAUAUCAGGCAAACACAGGUCACAUACAUGGGACACAUAGUAUCUACAGAAGGACUAAAACCAGACCCAAAGAAAAUAGAGGCAAUCACAAAGAUGCCUACCCCACAGAGUAAAAAGGGUGUUCAACAAUUCCUAGGAAUGGUAAACUACUUAGGCAAGUUUAUCCCUAACUUGACAGAGAAAUCAGCACCAAUUAGAGUACUACUAGAAAAAGAUGUGGCAUGGCACUGGGAUGACAAAAAAGAAGCAAGUUUCAAAGCGCUUAAAGAAGCGGUAACAAAUGCUCCAGUGUUAAAGUACUACGAUGUAAGUAAACCAGUCAAGUUAAGCGUAGAUGCAUCGCAAGCAGGCACGGGCGCAGUCCUACUACAAAAUGGACAUCCAGUGGCAUAUGCGUCAAAAGCAUUUACCGAUGCUCAGACACGAUAUGCCCAAAUUGAGAAGGAGCUAGCCGCGAUUGUAUUUGGUUGUAAGAAAUUUCACCAAUAUAUAUUUGGACGCACAGUGGAUGUAGAAACGGAUCAUAAACCACUUGAAACGAUAUUCAAGAAACCACUGCAUGCUUCCCCACCGCGACUCCAAAAAAUGCUCCUCAAUCUGCAAAACUAUGAUCUGCGCGUAACAUAUGAAAAGGGCGUCAACCUUUUCAUAUCCGACUGCCUCAGUAGAAAUUUCCUAGCCAAUCAAAGUGAUGAUGUUGAUGUGGAAGAGAUACCCAUAUGCAUCAUUGACAAACUUCCCAUCGCAGACGAACGAAUGAAAGAAAUAAAAGAUGAAACUAAAAAGGAUGAAAUGCUACAAAAGCUCCGUAAAGCAAUCCUAACUGGAUGGCCAAAUGAAAAAAGGGAAGUCAGUGAAGAAAUUCGACAAUAUUGGGAGUAUAGAGAACUACUUACAGUAGAAGAUGAAUUAAUAUGCAAAGAUGCGCGAGUGAUAAUACCAAAAUCACUUAGAAAAAAGAUGAUCGGAAAAGUACAUUGUCAUGCACACCAAGGAAUAGAAAAGACUAAGAAAUUAGCGCGAGACAUCAUGUACUGGCCCGCCAUGUCAGCACAAAUUGCAGACAUAGUUGCUUCAUGUGAAAUAUGCAACACAUAUAAGCAAAACAAUGCAAAUGAACCAAUGAUUGGUCACACAAAACCAGACCAACCAUGGCAAAAAGUAGGCUCAGAUAUCUUGGAAUUAAAUGGAAAGUACCAUUUAAUACUGGUAGACUAUUACUCUAGUUUCUUUGAACUUUGCGAACUAAAAAACAUGACAACAUCAACAGUCAUAAAGCACUGCAAAGAGCAUUUUGCUAGAUACGGGAUACCGAACGAAUUCGUAUCAGAUAAUGGACCAUGUUAUGCUUCGAGCGAAUUUAAGAAAUUCAGCCAGGAGUAUAAAUUCAAACAUGUAACUAGCUCCCCUGGAUAUCCCAAAUCCAAUGGGAAAGCUGAAAGCGCUGUCAAAAUAGCAAAAAAUUUGCUGCGCAAAUCUAGCGAUAUACAUCUAGCACUGCUACAAUAUCGCAACACACCUCUGGAAGGUUUAGACGCUUCUCCUGCCCAACUACUAAUGGGACGAAGGACGAGAACACCCCUUCCAACAAACAAGAGGUUAUUAAAACCUAAAACGCAACAGAACAUUAACACAAAGCUCAAGAAACAACAAGAGAAACAGAAAAUGUUCUAUGACAAAACAACACAUUCUCUCCCCAACCUGGUUAUUGGAGAUGUUGUUAGGAUGCGAAGUACAAGAAAUCCUAAAAUUUGGCAAAAAGCAAUCGUUGUGAGGAUUUGUAAAGAGCCACGCUCAUACAUUGUACAAGCUGAAGGCGUAGACUACCGUCGAAAUCGUAAAGAUCUCAACAAAACAAAAGAAAGUCUGAAUCCAUUACAUCAAAAUGAUGAAUACAAUAAUCAGACUCAAACUUCUCAUGACAACCCACCAAAUACCCCUCAAAACACAUCUCAACGCACAACCCAGCCGAAACAAGGUUACACUACCAAAUAUGGCAGACAUAUCAAACCACCAGAGAGAUAUGGGACAUAA